AUGUCUCAGGAAAUAUUUACAGGUGGUGCUACUACUUCACAGCACAUUGAUGCCGAAGAUGAUGAUCAUUUUAAUAACACAACCUUUCAAUUAAAGCGAACAAGGUCUUUAGGUUUGUUGGAUGAAUUCAUACCAAAAUUAGAAACUGAUGAUGAUAAUCCAUCUGCUAAUGAUGUCAAUGACAAGAUAAAUGAAAAAUUGAAUGCCAAAAAGUCUCACGAUAAUGAUAAUGAAAAUGAAAGUCAGUCUUCCAUGGAAACUAACCUAAAAGAUGACAAAUAUAGCCAAAGUCCUGAAUUUGUACCUUUAGAUGAUAACGAUAUAGAAGUUGAACCAUCAUUUCAUGUGGAUUAUUUCAGUCAUCAAUGGGAUGUGGGUGAUAUUUCCAAAUCUUGGAGGUACAUUAUUCAAAAGCGUAAAAAUGUUGCUAACUCCGCAAGAUUGGAGAAUGCAUCUUGGAGGACGUGGGCUCAAAGAAGAUUGAAUUUGAAAACUAUUAAUCCUGAAAAAUUGAAUUGGUCAAAAGAAAGUGAUAUCACCUGGUUAUAUGGACCCAUCUUAAAAGAUGAAGAAACCAAUGACAAUAAUGAUGACCCUCAUCACAAACAUUCCACAACUGCAACAUCUGCUGUAGCUGGGGAUAUUUCCAUACCUUCAAAAAACAGAGGAAUCUUGAAGAAAAGGUCUGUUCAAGAUACUAUGAUAUCUCAUGCUAAUUUGGUCAAAUUAGAAGCCAUGGAAAACAGAUUAAAAUUGAAGAAGGAACAACAGCAGCAGCAAUUGAGAGAUCGUCGUAAAAAAUUGGGUCACAAAAGGACCUCCAGUAAUGAACCUCCGGAAUUCGAUGAUUAUGAUGCCAUUUCUGAGAAGUUAAAUUCCCAAUAUAAAUUCUCUUCAACUAGUUUGAAGGAUAUGGGCAAUGAAAAUAGCUCAUUAAAAUCAUCAUUAAAAUCAAACAAUAAUUCACAGAGUUCUUUCAAAUCACCUGAAAUCAGCUCAUCCCAAUUAGAAUCAUCAGAUUCAGUGGACAAAAAGUCAAGGCAUAUCCAUUUCAACACUGAAGUUCAACAAUGCAUUGCUUUAGAUAUGGAUAAUGAUAACAAUGAUUAUGAUGAUGACGAUGAUUAUGAUGAUUAUGAUGACCUUGAUGAUGAGUCCAAUGACUAUGCUCAAAAGAGUUAUAUUUAUACCAAUGAUGAUGACGAAAAUGAUGAUAAUGAUGAUGACGAAGACGAUGAUGAUGAAGAUGGUGGAUUUUUCUUGAAAGUAAGGUCUCCUUCGUCAUCCAGUUUAGCUCCUCAAUUCAAAUUAAAGGAAUUCGAACCUUCUCCGCCAACUAUAUCACAAAAAACUGACGAUACAGAUUCUAUAUCGACAAAUAACUCCAAAACUUACAGAACUAUUCAAAUUUUACCAUCAACUAAUAUCAAUUGGGGCUCAGAUGAUGACACUAGCGAUGAAGAGAAUCCUUACACAUCUUCUCUUUCCCAUAAUGUUAAUAACGGUACCUCCAGAGGAUACGAUUAUUAUUAUGAUUAUAAUACCGUUUACACUAUGGAUGAUAAAGGUAUAUUUCAUCAACCUCAUGAAGAUUCACCUGAUGUGGUUGAUUUGCCUGAAGAUUUGGCUAAUUUCCUGAAUUUCGAUAAUGUCCCUGUCAUGGAUAAUAAUAUCAUCAUCCAAAAUAACUAUAAUCAAAACCAUCAAAGUCAAGGGUCAAGUAACGAAGUCACAAAUAAAAGUAAUGAAUCUAACAUAGUCAAAGGGAAAGGAACAUUCAAUCUAGAUGAUUCUGAUGAUUCCGAUUCUGAUUCCGAUGAAGGUUUAUCAAUUGCUACUAGAUCAUCAUCUCAAUCAUUAGCUCAUCAAGUUUAUGAAUCAAUGACACCUCAUGAAAAUCAACCAAUUAACGAUAAUUUAGCAUCAAUUAAUCCUCGACAUUCAUCAACUGGUCUUUCCAAACAAUCCACAUCUUCCAAUUCUUUAUCGGGUCAAUUCUUCGGUACAACUAAUAUAAAUAAUGAUUUGUCUUCACAAUUUUUUGGAACUGGUAGUCCGAAUCAAUCGAGUGGCAUAGGAGUUGGUAGAACAUCACCUUUACCUCCUACCACCACGCAAAAAAAUAUUUUGGGGAGUGGAUUCAAAUUUGGUGACGACAGUGAUGAUGAAUAUGUUGAAGAUGUAAGUGAUUAA